AUGCCGUUCAAUAAACGGACAAUUGAACCUAUUAAAUUGAGCGAAGUGCAAGUUCCAAAGGACAUUCCUAAUGAACUUGAAUGUGUAGCUAAUCACACUCUCGCGAAUAUCAUUCGACAAUUGAGUUCAUUAAGCGCACAUGCGCACGAUCUCUUUGAUGAAUUAAUUGGUGAUGCUGGACAUAUUUUCCAACGUACCGAGGCAUUGCAUGGCCGAAUUGAAAGACUGAAACUUCAAGUAACACAGUUGGACUCUAAUGUUGAAGAAGUCACUAUUCAAGAUGUACAUAAUCGGAAGCCAUUUGUUAGUGUCACCCGUAUCGAUCAACAAGUGGUUAAUCGCGCGACAAUGCCUCAUUCACUUCGAUCGCUUUAUGACCAAGCUGAACCAGCACCUGCUCUACAUUUGCUUAAUCCCUAUCGCGACGAUGGUCGAGAUUCAAUGAAAUUUUAUACGGAUCCAUCAUUCUUCUUUAAUCUAUGGAUGCAGUCUAUGAUUCAAUUUCCACAACAUCAUCAUCAUGCACAUCGAUCCGGUAAACAUGAACGAUUUCGAUCACCGAAAGGUUCAAAACUACAGCAUCAAGAAUCAAUCUAUGCUUCUAAUCCUACGUCAUCAUCACAGGCUCGUCUCAUUCAACAAUCAUCGGAAGAACAACAACAGUAUCGUAGUCCACAAGAGUUGAUGCGUCAUCGUGGAGAUUACGAGUCCGUUGCUCGUGCUAGUAAUCGACCACCGCCACAACAACAACAACAACAGCAGCAGCAGCAGCAGCAGAUCUAUUCACCGCUAAAUCAUCGACCUCUUUUACAGUAUCCUAAUAAUAAUAAUAAUAAUUUUCAACAAAAUUCAGAUCUCAUACAGUAUGGCAGUCCAACACUAUCCUCCGCGUCGUCUUGUCGUGAACAACAAUCGAUGACCAUGAAUUUUAGCAGUGCUGGCACCCCAUUAUCACCACAAAACGGACAUAAUGUCGAACAAUCGCCCAGACUCAAUGUUCAUUCUCCAAUAGUUACCCGACAAGCUCCAGCACCGCCUCCACUUCCACCACUACUAACACAUUUUGAACCAAACUAUCCUAUGGCACAUUAUCCACAGGUGAAUCAGAUGGUUGCUAGACCAUCAACAAGUCCUCCUCCUCCUCCACCUUUACCGCCAAGUACAGGUCUUGCAACGCUUGCAACUAUAUCAGAACUCGACAAUCUACCUCCGCCCCCAGCUGACUUCAUUGAACGUUCACCAUCUCCGCAGUCUCUCUCACUACCACCAGCACCACCGCCACUUCCUCCUCAACUUUCCUCUGUUCCAUCAAAUAUUCCUCCGGCUCCGCCACUACCGCCAAGUUCUGCAAUUCAAUCACUAGUCAUGCGACCUUUAACAAGCAACGCCGCAUCAAGCAAUAAAGCGAAUACGAAUAGUACUACACCAACAACAUCUCAUCGUGAUGAUGUUUCCGUUACUUCGGAAACUUCCAUUCAGGAUCAAAGACCCUACAUCAUGCGCGAUCUCCAUUCUGAUUUAUUGGAGGAAAUUAAAAAAGGUAUUCAAUUAAAUAAUCGUAAGAAAGAAGAAGAGAAGAAAGCAGCUGUAACAACAAAAACAAGUUCUCUCAAUGUUAUGGCAAUUAUGGAACAGGCUGCUAAAUAUCGUCGUGAUAAAAUUCGACCACAAUCCGAAUCAGAGAACGAUGAUGAAUCAUCACGUUGGGAUGAUAGCGACUAA